AUGGGGCGCAAUCUUCAACAAUUGAUUUUUUUUGUUACAGUGUCGUUAGCAUAUGCUUCUCAAGGCCCUGUAUUCAUCAAUCCCAACAACGCCGUUGCUGUAAUUCAACCUACUGCUGUGAAUCAAGCCAAUUUCGUCACCCAAACAGUCUAUGGAUUCCUGGACUUUACCACCACAAUUGGCAACACGGUUAUGAUUUUCUCGCCUCAAAGUGUUGCAGCUGCUGUUCCAGAACCGCCAAAGAUUUCAACUAACGAAGUAGUAUCCAACAACGUCAUAGACAAUAAGCCAGUAAUUGUGCAUAAAGAAAUCCAAAUAAAACCUAGUAAAACGCAGGUAUCUGAGGAGAAGAAAUCCUCUGAGAAAGUGUUCUCAGUCGUACAGGUUCAAUCAAAUCCUCCACCUGCACCAUCAACUAGGAUAGAAAUCCAAUCUUCAGCUAUCACCAAAGUCAACGUCAUCGAAGAAAAACCCAGUGUUGCGAAAGCCCACCCACCUCUACAGGUAGUCAGUAAAAUUCAGGUGGUGGAACCACCGCCCGUCAAACCGACCACGAGCCAAAGCAUCAUCACCAAAGUGGAGGUCAUAGGCGGACCAACGAAGUUGCCUGAGCCGGUGAUUUCCAGCAGGGUAGAGGUCCAUAGCCAAAAGAAACUGGAUUCGAACGUCAUUUCCAGCGUGGUUCAGGUGAAGUCUGACGUCGAGCUUGCCGUCGAGCCCGCCGACGUCGUAGGAAACAACAUUGGGGAACCGGAGUACGACUUUCUCUCGAGGCAGCCCUCAGAGGUCGUUGAGGAAACGUUCAAGGUGGUCAACUUGAGGCCGAGCUCCAAGUUCAUCUUAAAGCAUCGGCCAUCAACUGAGGCAAAGAAAAAUGUGGCUACAAAACGCGUUGGAGCGGAGCACCCCACGGGGUUGGUGACCAAGCUAGGGGGAACUGUCGUCAAAGAUGGGGUUACAACAGUGAUUGAGACUAGCGUGAUUGGAACUUACAUAUCAGGCAAAUACGCCCAAGUAUUGCAGAGCACUUCAAGAAAAAUCAAUCCCACUCAAAGCCUGCGAAUAUUAAAAACGGCGGCGCCAUCAUUAGGGAAAGGAAAUAAGCACAGGCGCGUCGAAGUCGGCACUAAUGAAGAGGCCCCUGCCCCCCAGGAGGCUCAAAACUCCAUAAAACCCACGCGGAAGGCAGCCGCAGGCGGUUCGGGCUCUUUCAAAAGAUUCAAAAACCGACACAAAGAGCCAGACGUCAACGAGGAAGACAAUGAACAGGAUGUCGCCGUGACGCAGCCCAAUUACAAGAAAUCCCAGAAAAAUAGAAGUCAAUCGCAAAACUCGAGGAACUCCAAACACAACACACCUUCCAAUUCUCCACAAAAAAGCAAAUCCCGUCGCAACCGAAACCGAAAACCUACUUCAAAACCAUCUGUACACAGCGAGGAACCUGCUCCAACAGCGACAUCUGGAAAGAGGUUUUCGGGGCGAAAAAACAAGCAAACCAGGGUGGCCAACGCUGACACCAGUACUAACAGCGGAUUUAGCCGGAGGGGAUACAAACCAAAGGUGCAGCCUUCGAAUGUAGAGCAGUUCUCUCCAACGACAUCCAGCUUGUACAAGUUCAAGUUAAACAGAUCUCCCGGAAGAUGGCAGUACAAGACAACGUCGAAGCCGCGCGUUGCUAUUCGCAAACAAAACAACAUCGACGAGCCAUUGAACAACAACGAAACGCUCGGAACUACUUCUUCCUCUUCUUCGUCUUCUCUGCAGGAGCCUCUAAUCAAUGACGUCGUUACGCCGCAAGCUAGAUCCGACGACGGCGAUAGUCUAGAAGGCUCUGAAUCAAUUGCCUCAAUUAUCGACGAUGAGAGUUCGAAGGAAAAUAAACUCGAUGCCCCCGCUUUUCCAGUCGAGACCAUUAAAGUAGAAAUUUCCACUCCUCCGGAUUUCGGCGACAUUUAUUAUGAGAUUGCCACAAUCAAGUCGCCCUACACUUUCCAGGUUGGCAGUGUGAGGAACACCCGUUACGUGACGGUAACGUCAACGUUUGAGAAAAGUCUGGAAUCGUCCCCGGAUCCCACCUUGACUAAGGCAGCGGAGCCCUUAACGGAAAAUAUCCUGGCGACGUCGAGCAAUUACGCGAAGGACAACAACUUCUUGGAUUCUAGCGUCGCGACGCUGCCGCCGCUGUAUCUAGCUUCGGACAUGGAAACGCCGCCUCUCGAGACGCUUACGGAGACAUUCAGCACGACGCAGACGAUGUUGAAGACGCACAUUCUGCCUGUCGUUCGACACGGUAACGAUACAACCAGUUCAACAUUGGUGCAGACAUAUUUGGUGACGAGGCUGGUAACUGCCACCAAAACCUUACCUCCGAUGGAAGCCUACCACUUCAACCCCAGUCGAACUCUCAAUGAAUUCAACAGUCAUCUCGAUGAAGCAGGUUCAGAGCUCCAUUUGGAACUUGAAUUCGGAGACCAAAACGAUCAAGAUGACGGCCAACUUCGGAAAUUAUCUCUCCCCGCAGACUUAGACCUUGCCAACAUCGGAUCCAACUUUGACCUAUCCGACGUCGAAAAGUCGAAGCUAAUGGAAGGCCACCUCCGCCCGAAAAAGGCGCAAUCCCCACUCAAAUCGAUGAAUGACUUUUCCAACCAAGCAUUCAAUCAGGAUCAACUGCAGCAACUCGCCCUGUACAGGUUUUUGAAUCCCGGUGCAGCUCAAGCACAGGUAGUCACCACAUCCAAGCCGGUACUCAAAGUCGAAACGGUAUAUGAAACUUUUGUUUUGCCUGUUACGCAAGGCCAUAACACCAUUCAGAGCACGAUAUCGAAACUGAAGGGCACCUUCACCAAAACUGAGUUUGAGUUCGGUACCAGCACCAUCGCACCUGCCUUACAAUUGCCUCCGAUACCUCAGCAGCUUCCUCAGAUUCCUCAACUGCCUCCUCAGAUACCGCAGCUCCCACAGCUGAAUCCGUUCUUACCUCAGCCGCAGCCUCAGUUUGCAGUGACCUCCUCGCCUGUGGUGCAGUCGACCAUGGUCACCCAGACCAACAGCAAAAUCCUAAAGCUGACUUUUGGAGCCAAAACGGCGCAUACCACCGUGUACAGCACAGUGGUGGUACCAACGGUAACGACGUCAUACGUGACAGCGUCUAUUCCCGUGCCUCCAAGUGCGGCGUAUCCAGGGUUCUUCCCGGCGCCCUACCCCGGAUAUCCUUAUGUCGGGUAAAUUAUUAGUGACUGUGGUGUGAUUUAGUGAGUGUGAAUUAGGAGAUCAUCGAAUCAGCCUAUUUGUCAUCUUUGGGUUCAGUGUUCAUCAUUGUUUCCUCCUAGUUUUGCGUUUUUCUAGCUGGUGAUAGAAGUGGUAUAUCCACUAACCCCAUCUUUUGAAUUCCUGACACCAAAUUGUUAGAAAUGAAUUAUUCGUUACCUGAACAUUUUUCUUUUCUCAUUAUUCGAUAUGGUUCGCUUUAGGAUGAAUCUAGUUAAAUUUGAAUUUAUUCAUGCCACAGAUCAUUAGCCUCGCUGACUUUCGUUGAAAGUAAUUUGGUGUCAUCUCAAUGUCAUGGAAUUGAUUUUCUUCAACAAUAUUCAGACAUAGGGCUAACACACGUACAAGUAUGUUUGGGAGAAAGUUCAUUAUUGAAACUCGUUAUUUUGUAACUUUUGACUCUAUUUUCUUCUUUGACAAACAAAAUCGUUUCGAAGUUGGGAAUUCGAAAGUAUUUUUCUGUGUUUUUGCUUUAUCUUGCCGCGAUGUAAAUAAACGGAAAUGAAAAAACUCCCAGUAUACUCAACAACAACGGCAAUAUUCUGAAUAUUGAGUUGGGCUGAUGAAUAUCUUUAAAUGACCUACAAGAGAAUGAAUUGAUGACCUAUCGGAAUUUUGUAACCAAUUUACGUUUAUCCUUACACAAAUACUCAUGUUACCUAAGCGUAUUCACAAAUAUUUUUUUAGUGCAUCAUCUCAUAGAUUAUUUAAUGAAACUCUCUCUCAAGAAUUUCUUCAUAGAGGUAUAAAUGAAAAAUUUCAAUGGAUGAAAAUUAUCAGUAUCCCAGAUUCUCGCAAUCGACAACCCAGAUCCCUUCCUCUCCUAUGAGUUUCAGUUAUCACCAAAAACGAGAAAUGAUUGGAAUCAUAGAUGGUGCUUGAACUUAAAUUUCUCUAUUUUGGGAGCUAAUGGCAAAAAUGCUCGGUCACUCAUCAGAUGAUAGAUUAUGGGUGUAUCAUGUGCUAAUGAAGUAAAUGUGAUGAACAUUAUCAUAUUAUCAAUACCAUUGAUGAAUGGCACCUAUUUCAGUACCGGUCAAAAAACUGAUCUUUCUGGAUCGAUGUUCCUUCUCAGAGAUGAUGCAUCAUUCGUUUCUUUAUAUCGCUUUCGAUUCUGAUCAGAAGAUUUUAGAGACGUUCAGCGUUAUCUGCACUGCUAAUGAUGGAUUAUUAUCAGAAAACUAUCUAUAGUAGUUUGAAUUGACCGGAAGGACACCUAUUCUGAAUCGUGAAAUGAACAACUCUUCAUCAAAUGAAUAUAAUACUGAAAACAGCAAUUUAUCGGUUUUUAAUUCUCUGUUGUAAACCGUUAGAAGUGAAUCUUCAACAAUAAUGAACUGAAUCAAGAAACCUAGUUAUUACUCGGUUUCUUAUACUAUAUCACUAAUAUUUCAUUGCUAGGCGCAACCACUUGUCAUAGAGUAAUGUGUCAAAAUGAAAAGGACAUGCAAAAAUAAUACUCCAUAAAAUAUUUUCGAACAUUUUUGUCAUACGCUACACGAAAGCUCACAGCCGAGUUAGAAUUUUCUAUUGGACUUUUCAACUUAUAAGUUGUGAAUAAGGUUGUUAUUGCAACACAUGUUUCAUUAUCAUGUUCUGUACAUAUGCAUAUAUUCCAUUUUUAUAAAUAUUGAAUCAUUUCAAUUGUAUAUUUUUCAGCUGUUUAAGUGUAUAGAUAAGUUAAGGUUAAUCUUGUACUGAUGUUAAUAUUUAUAUUUAGACUUUAUAGAAAUUAUUAGAUAAGAUCAAAUUGAAUGUUUCAUGAAAGAAUUCAUUUUUCAUUUCAAGAUAGCAAUAAAAAAUACAUAUUUUCA